AACAUUAACAGUGAAUGUUUUGCACGUUAUGAUGAUGCUGGAAUGCCCAACUUUGGUCAACAAUUGUACUUUUGCUAUGGAAACCAACCAGUUGUGCAUCUUGAAAGAGGAGCUGUAUCAUAUUUUACAGAAGGGUUAAUGCAUUCGAUUUUAGUCCUGCCACACUAUAUGGGAAUGACACUAAACUGAUUGAAUGUGAGGUUUACAAAGUGGAACAAGCUCCUCAGGUCAGUCCCCAGAUGAAGCCAUGGAGGAAUGUUCUGUGGACAGCUAAACGAAGAGCAGAGCUCAUGGGAUUGAUCAGGAAUUAUAACCUGGUGACGUCUGUGAGUCGGGUCAGAAUCCUAAUGAUCGGUCCUGUAGGUGCUGGGAAAUCCAGUUUCUUCAACUCCAUCAACUCCAUCUUCAUGGGUCGCAUUACCAGCAAAGCCAUGUCAGGAUCUGCAGGCACUAGUCUCACCACACAGUUUCGCACAUAUCCAGUGAAAGACGGUCGUGAGGGAAAGCCAUUGCCGUUUGUGUUGUGUGACACCAUGGGACUCGAGGAGCAAACCGGUGCAGGACUGGAUAUUGAGGACAUCAGCAGCAUUCUUCAGGGUCGUGUACCAGACCACUAUAAAUUCAACCCCAUCACACCAUCUCAACCCGAGGACCGAAAGGCCUCCAGACCUGCAUCUCUACAGGAGAAGAUCCACUGUGUGGUGUAUAUGAUAGACACCACCAAAAUCUCCCUCAUGCCUGACAAACUACAGGAAAAGCUCAUCACCAUACGCAGAAAAGUGAACUCACUGGGCAUUGCCCAAAUGGUUUUGAUGACGAAAGUAGAUGAAGCAUGUCCUGAGGUGGAGAAAGAUCUUCAAAGCCUUUAUGUCAGUUCCUACAUCAAGUCAAAGGUGCAGGAGGUGAGCUCUCGGUUGGGUGUGCCGGUGUCUUGUGUGUUACCGGUGAAGAACUACAGUCAGGAGCUGGAGCUGGAGCUCAACUGUGACGUCCUGCUGCUCACCGCUCUACAACAGAUGCUCAACUUUGCAGACGACUAUCUGGACGAUGUCUGUCCCUUUGAGGACAAUCCCAAAUAAAGUGCUGUGUAUUAUAUAAAGAUCAGGAUAUUUACUUCUUGAUCAACACAAUAAGAUAUCUUAAGAUUUAAUAAUUGUAUUCUGUUCUGUUUGCCUGCUCUAGUUCUUUUAUAGUCAGAAAAUCCAUUCAAGAAAAUGCAAAUAUGGUAGUUAUAUCAAUUUCAUGUAACAUUAUAACCAUUGAUACUUUUGUUAGUUUCUUGUUUACUGUUGUUCCAUGAUCAGGUUU